GUGCGCGCAUGUGUGUGUGUUUAUGCGUGUUCUAGUCUCACGUCGGUAGUAUGCAGGGGGCGUGUGUGUCAAUCGUGUGCGUGUGCGUGCUCCUCCACAGUGUUAUUUCACAGCCGCCCAAAGAAAUUGACACCCAAACGGAAUGCACAGAUGGCUACCACUGGGACCCUCAGACGGAGCACUGCAAAGACAUAAACGAGUGCGAGACCAUCCCGGACGCGUGCAAGGGGGAGAUGAAAUGCUUCAACCACUACGGAGGCUACCUGUGCCUCCCCCGCUCCGCCUCGGUCAUCCCGGCCCCCGAGCCCCCCAUCGCGCCCACUGAGGCCUUCAACCCUUGCCCCCUGGGCUACGAGCCUCAAGGAGACAACUGCGUGGACGUGGAUGAGUGCGAGCGUGACGAGCACGACUGCCAGCCCAGCCAGCAGUGCAUCAACACCCUGGGUGCCUUCACCUGCCACUGCCCCGACGGUUACCGCAAAGUGGGCACCGAGUGCAUCGACAUCGACGAGUGCAGGUACAGGUAUUGCCAGCAUCGCUGCGUCAACGUUCCCGGGUCCUUUACGUGCCAGUGUGAGCCCGGGUUCCAGCUAGCGGGAAACAACCGAUCCUGCAUCGAUGUGAACGAGUGCGACAUGGGGGCUCCGUGCUCUCAGAGGUGUUACAACACGUACGGCACCUUCUUGUGUCGCUGCGACCACGGCUACGAGCUGGGGCCCGACGGCUUCGCUUGUAAUGACGUCGACGAGUGCAGCUACUCCAGCUACCUGUGCCAGCACCAGUGCGUCAACGAGCCGGGCAAGUUCUCCUGCGUGUGCCCCGAGGGAUACCAGCUGCAAGGCACGCGACUCUGCCAUGAUAUCAACGAAUGUGAAACAGGCGAGCAUCAGUGCACGGACACGCAGACGUGCGUCAACCUCCACGGACGAUACCAGUGCGUGGACGCCAACCGAUGUCUGGACCCGUACGUGCAGGUGUCCGAGAAUCGCUGCGUGUGUCCCGUGACGAAGGCGGCCUGCCGAGAUCUCCCGUUCUCCAUCGUGCACCGCUACAUGAGCAUCACGUCGGAGCGCUCGGUGCCCUCCGACAUCUUCCAGAUUCAGGCCACCAGCGUCUCCCCGGGGGCCUACAACACCUUCCGCAUUCGCGCAGGCGACCGCGACGGAGACUUUUACAUCAGGCAAAUCAACAACAUCAGCGCCAUGCUGGUGCUGGCCCGCGCCGUGUCGGGCCCGCGCGAGUACACGCUGGACCUGGAGAUGGUCUCGGUCAACCCGCUGCUCAGCUACCAGGGCAACUACCAGAGCAGCUCCGCCCUCAGACUCUCCAUCUACAUCGGGCCGUACACCUUCUAACCCGACGACAACCGCCGGCCGGAAGAACGACGACGACGAACGCUGACAGCGACCAACAACCGGAAGAGGAGGCAGUCAGCUUAUUAUGUCUUUAAAUAUGCAAACACUUCUCUUUUGGAUCUUUUUUUUUUUUUUUUUUUUUAUUUUUUUUUUUCCUAACUCAUGUCCACACUUCACACAUACGGAAAGCCCUUUCAGCAUUUAUUCCGUAUCCUACUAGUGCGCUGAAUUAUGAAUGAAAACUAGUGCACUGGAGCAUUCAUUUCAUAUCCUUGAUAUCCAGCUGAAAGUCUAUGUACUAGUGCGCUCUUUGGACAAUUUAGCACACAAGUAGACUGGCUGUGUCCUAUAGUCACAGAAAAAAAAGCGAUUAUACCACGCUUGUUUCUUCAAUUUCUUGUUCAUUCGAAUGCCUGGCACCACGGAAGGUUUAUAACACGAUAAAAAUGCCGCUGAUUGAAAAUGACUUGACAUCAGCUCUUAAAUUAAAGUCGAUGUUACUAUUUUGUUGUCAUCAUUAUUUGUCCAAACAAAUUUCAUUUUAGUUGCACCAGGCAUUAAAAAUGAAACUGAAGAAACAAGGGUGGUCGAAUAUUUUUUUCCAUGUCUGUACUCGUAAUGUUUUUCCACUACUAAUGCACAUUUGGCCUAUUUAAUAUGCAAUUAAAACCUGACGAGUAAACUACUGUGCUGCACUAGUAACAUUACUAGUCUCAACUCGUGUGUGAUGCACUAGUAGCCUCCAUACCAAGGAUUUUGAACAAAUGCUCAAACAGGAAAGUGCCCGAAGCAUUUAUUUGAUAUCCUUGACAUCCAGCUUAAGGGCCAUGUACUAGUAUGCUCUUUGUCCUCACUGCUAGAACAACUCUGGGAUAUUCGUUGAACAACAACACGUUACUACUACAUUGCCUUAACUGAUUUUCUUUGUUCUUGUGACAGUGACAAUUAAGUUCUAUUCUAUUCUACUAAAUUCUACUAGGUAAAACUAGUUGACAUCUGUGUUCUACUAGUGCUAGUCAAGAGGUGGGCAUUAACUCGUAGAAUUUUGUAAUGUCACUAGUUGUACUAGCAGUGUGUAGUGGUCAACUUGUGCAUAGUUUUGCCUCUCUAGUAGUAUGUAGUUGUCCUGCUAGUUUGCAGAAAUGUCAUGGUAGUGAAGGGUAGUAGUGGCCAAAAAAACCCAAAAACUUUACUAGUAAGACACAGUUGUACAAAAGUGAGUCGACUUGUCCUAGUGAGGGCAAAGAGUGUACUAGUACAUGGACCUCAAGCUGGAUAUGAAGGACGCAGACUAAAUGCUCAACAGGCUUUUCACACGCAUUGACAGAAAGUCACCUGUUGAAGGCUGAUAACAAAUGAGUAACACACGUGCGUGUGUGGGUGUGUGUGCGUGCGUGUCCACUCAUCCCAUUUCACUCUCUCACUUCAAUUUUCUUGCCGUCAUCCGCUGAGCACUAACUUCAACCCCUUCCUUCAUUUUUCUUUUUCUUCUUAAUGGCCUCCUAGAUUUGUCACAUUGCAACAUCCCAUUUGUACCAUUUUUUUUUUCACUGUCUUGUUUUGAACCCCAAUAAAAACAAUAUACUUGAAUCUCUUA